AUGUUGAUAGUUGAAAUGGAAGAGGAAAGAACAAAAUUGAGAGAUCUACAGGAAAAUGAAAAAAUUCGUUUGUAUAAAAUGCAGAAUAGUGCAGCUAUAAAAAUCCAAGCCAGUUUCAAAGCAUUUAUAGCUUACAAACACUAUAACCCAAUUAUCAAAGAACAAAUGGAAAGUAAGAACAAGAAAGCACAAGAGUGGAAAAAAAAGGAAGCAAAAAUUAGGCAAUGGGAAGAAGAAAGACAAAAAAGGCUAGAAGAAGAACAACGAACAAAAGAAGAGAAAAAAAAGAAAGAGAAAGAGGAAUUUAAAAAGAGACAAAAAGAAUAUGAAGAAAAAAAGAUUAGUCUGAAACUAGACAGAGAACAAGUAUCAUUCAAGAGAAAAUUAAGAGUCACAGAAGAGUCAAGGAGACAGCUAAUGAGUAUGACAUUAGAGAAAACAGAAUAUAAUACCAAACAUUUAACUGUAAAAAGCACACCAAUGAAUAAGAAUCACAUAACCCCAAAUCUAGUGAGUGAGAAAUCAAAGACUCAAGAUGUUCCUCUUUGGCUAAUUGUAGAUGAAAAAUCAAAUAGGAGGGGAAAUGUAGGGAGAAAACUAGUUUCGGAAGAAUUAAUACAAGAAAAACUAAAAGAACAUACACCAAAACAAGAAAUUAUGGCAGAACCAAAUGAGGAAGAAAAAAAAGAAAGUCUAACAAAACAACAAUAUUCAGAAAAAUUGCUUAAUUCAAAAAGAAAAUAUGAAAACAUAGAUAAACAAUGUGACUUGGAAAGUCCAGAUCUAAAAGAAAAUGUGAAAGAAACGUUUAAGCCACAUGAAACGAAACUUCAAAUUCCCAAAGAGGAAGAAUUAAAACAUACCAUAGAUGAAAAUGUAGAACAAGAAAUUCAAAUACUGAUGUUAGGACAUAAUCAAGACAUUGAUAAAGCAAAAAGUAAUGAAGCACAGAAAGUAAUCAGAGAUAAUCGACAUGAGAAGAUACAAGUGGAAAAGGAAAGAAUACCAGGACAGAAUGAAACCUUAUAUGAAGAAAACAGUACUUCAGCGAUUUCAAUGGAACAAGAAUUAUUACCACUAGAAUUAGCCGUUGAAAAUAUCGGGGAAGAUGAUGUAGUAAAAGAAGAAGACACUGAUUUAAAGUCCAGUGAAGCUGAAAACUCCGAAGACAAUGCUCUGAAUAGAGACAUUGUGGUUUUUAACCCCAGUGAAGCCAUAAUCAAUAGAGAAGACAAAAUAGACAAUCAUGGUGAUACUUUACGUAGUCAAGCUCUUCCUGGAAACUCAAGUGGCUGUGAUGAGAAAAGCUCCUUGGUUUCUAUGGAAACCAACUCUAUUGAAUAUGAGAUUAAAGAACUUUCAGGAGAUUGCCCUGAAGAUGGCAUGGCCCACUCUAAACCAGAACCCCCCCUUUUAACUUACAUUGAAGAAAAAAGACUUGCUUGGAUACAAUCAUGUAAACCCUGGUUUGAAUGUUUCAAGAAACACCAACAAAAGAACAUUGUUAAGAAGAAGCGGUCUGUGAAAUGCCCAGUGGACGGCACUCUGCCUCCUCUGAGCACAUUAGACAUUUUGCAGCUUGGCUCUUGGGAUACACUACAGCAGGUGACAACAGUUACUUUUCAAGAUUUGCCAGGUUGUAAUCUUUCUACACUAGCAGAGUGUUCAAAUCUUCAGUUUCUGUCUCUUCAACGUUGUGGAUUAACUUCUUUGCACAGCUUGGGUAACUGCAAACACCUGAAGUACAUUGAUGUACAGGAAAACCAUAUUCAGACAAUAAAUUGUGAAAAUUUGGAAAAUCUUUGCAUUCUUCUCCUUAAUAAAAAUCAGCUCAGUUCUUUGCAUGGUUUGGAUGGUUGCACUAAUCUUCAAAAUCUUGAACUUUCACACAAUAAAAUCAUUCGAAUUGGUGGUUUAGAAUCAUUGAAAAACCUUCAGCAGCUAAUUUUGGACCACAAUCAGUUAAUCGGUACAAAAGGUCUUUCUGACACUCCUACCCUUAUAUACUUGGAUUGCUCACAUAAUCAUCUAACUGAAGUUCAUGGCAUUGCAAACUGUGGACUGCUCCAAAUAUUGAAGUUACAAGGAAAUUAUUUAAGUGAGCUUCCAUCAUUGGAUAAUCACGUUCUAUUAAGAGAAUUGCACUUGGAUGAUAACAGCAUUUCAACUGUGGAUGCAUUUUCUUCAUAUUGGCUGCCUUUACUACAAAAUCUUACUCUCUCUCAAAACAGUUUAACAGAAAUGAUACCGCUAUUUCAUUUUGUUUCUUUGGAAAAACUGGAUAUCAGCAACAAUUGUCUUUCUGAUCUUACAAGUGUCAUAAAAUGGCUUGAUUCUUGCUUUUCUCUCCAUGAGUUGUCUCUCACUGGAAACCCAUUUCUUCAAGAAAUAAACUGGAGACAGUCUCUACUUAAGAUGUUACCUACUUUAAGAAUCCUCAAUGGUGAGAUGGUUAAUUGUUAUUCAGACAACCACCCUGAAGAUCAAUAUCAGCUAAAAUCUGGGUGCUUCACAGAUUUUAAAAUCUGGAUUCUUUGCCAGUCCCAGAUUCGUGAAUUCAACUUACUCACUGAAAACUAUGUCACCAGAAAAGGGAAUAUGUAUUCCUUGGAUGGUGUAGAAAAGCUCUGUGAUUAUUUUCAGGAAUUAACGACACUUAGUCAUGAAUAUCGGUAUGCACAUGAAAAUAUGUAUGUAAGCAUCAUAGAGAAAAAUGAAUCAGAAGCCAAGCAAAAUCAUUUGGCCCACGCAAAAAUUGACAACCUACAGCAAAAUGUGGUCCUCAACUCUUAUGCAAACAGUUAUAAACCAGACUCAUCAAAUAUUGCUGAGAAAUGGAUCGACUCUGGUUCUGAUUACACACCAGUAGUAAAUUCCUCCAUGUGUAACAAUAUUGAAGAAAAGAAUCAAGAAAAUAUAAACCAUAGAAGAAUACCUCUGAGAAUCAACAUUUCCACUAAAAGAAUCCCUUUCACAAAAACUGUGUCGACAACUUCUUUGAUGAAGAAUUGCCAAAAUAUUCAAUAUACUGAAAAAAUUAUGGCAACUAUAAUAAUCCAGGCUUACUGGCGGGGUUACAUUGUGCGCAAACAUUUUUCUACGAAACUACAUACUGCUGAAACAGAACCCAUGAAAUCCCAGCCAAAUUCCCACAUCAAGAACCAGAAUGUAAAGGAAGGACAAACAGAACAUAUGUUCAAUAUCCAAGAACAAAGGGAGAAGGCUGCUAUUCUUAUUCAGGCAGUUUGGAAGGGCUUUCUUUUACGAAAAAAACUGACAACAGCUCUAGAAGCUAUUAAGAAUGAAGAUUCUGAAGAAUAUGAAGAAAUAGAUUUAGAGGAUUUUACAUUUGAUGAGGCUGCCUUCGAGAAAGAAUGGCUAGCAUUAGAUUCCUCCCGCUUCCCUUCACAAACACAACUGCUGCCGAGCCAGCUGCAUUGGCCAAAGUACCCUGGAACAUACAAAUAUGAUGACACUUCACUUAAUUUGCCAAGUCAUCCAGCUCAGGCAUGGUUAUGCAAUGAGAAAGAAAAUAUGUUCUCACCAGAACACACUCAGUUUAAUAAUAGAUCAGAAAGCAGGGCUUUAUCUUGGACACCUGAAUCAAAGACUGGUAGAAAAAGUUUGCUAAAAUCUGAAAGAGAAAAAAAAAUUUCAGAAGAAUGGGGCUUUAAGGAUAUUUCUACUGCUCAGCAAAUGCUGAAGAGAGCUCAGAAAAUGAAAUCCAAGAGGAUAAGGGAAAAGAAAGGUCCUGCUGCGCAACUAGCAUUGUUCCAAAACAGCGAGAGUAAACGCUCUGUUACAAGAUCACAAAGGACGUCACAACCCAGAAGAGGUGGCUAUGUUGAAGUGACUCCCAGGAACAUUGAACUUGACCUGCACCUAGAAACGUAUACAGAUAACCUCACUAACAGUAAAGGUAAAGAGGAAGAAGUUCUCUGCAAAGAUGCCGCUGCACAUGAAAAACUGGAAAAGCGUAGAGAAUUUACAUACCAAUGGCUGCACACACAGGUUGGGGUUCAUGAAACAACUAGUUCCAGAAAUACGAAAUGCAACCAUUUCUUGCCUGAGUUAGAUCCAGAUGUACUUAAUGGUGGAAGAGUUCAGCUUGUGGCAAGACUUGUAAGCAGAGAAGACACGGAUUUAGACCUUUCUUCCAUGACCAGUGGAAGUGCUUUGUCUGUGAACAGAGAAAAAAAAAAUCAAGCACACAGACACUCAGCGGGAUCUUCAAGUGGUUCAAUUAAGGGAAUAUUUGCACCAAUGAUAACAAAUGCAAGACCAUCAAAGAAAGAACGUAUAUCAUUCCGAGACAAUCCUGUGCAACUCAGUGGUGGCUGGGGAAGUGGGAAAAAGAAGGCGAAAACUUCAAACUAAUCCUUCAAGUACCAGCAUUCAAAACAUAUGGUGGACAUUUUCUUUUCGCCAGUUUGUGGAUAUCUGGUCAUGUUACCAAUUGGAUACAA